GAUUGGACGAAAUCACCAUUUCAAACCAAGACGGAGCUCGCUGAUUGGUUAUAACGCUGGACCGUGGCGCGCUAUCGCUGAAGUGGGCAUCAUUGUGUUUUCCCUCCGUUUCAAGCGAAAAGAGAAGAAGCUCGUCUGACGAUAUGGCAGGAGGAAAGGCUGGAAAGGACAGCGGAAAAGCCAAGGCGAAAGCAAUCUCCAGAUCACAAAGAGCUGGUCUGCAAUUCCCCGUAGGUCGUAUCCACAGGCACCUGAAGACCCGAACUACCAGCCAUGGUCGUGUUGGAGCCACAGCGGCCGUGUACAGCGCAGCUAUCUUGGAGUACCUGACUGCUGAGGUGUUGGAGUUGGCUGGAAAUGCCUCCAAGGAUCUGAAGGUGAAGCGUAUCACUCCAAGGCAUUUACAGCUGGCUAUUCGUGGUGAUGAGGAGUUGGACUCGCUUAUCAAAGCUACCAUUGCUGGCGGAGGUGUGAUUCCACACAUCCACAAGUCCCUGAUAGGAAAGAAGGGCCAGCAGAAAACUGUUUAAGAUGGAUUGAUGUUCGACUCUGUCUUUGUAUAGCAACAGCAAUCAGCGUUGAGAAAGCAGUUGUUUUUGUUGUUUCCUCAUUUGUUUGGUUAUGUUUGGUAAGUGUAGUUUAACAUAACAGAGGUUAGAGUUUGACGUACUGUAUCCAUGAUUAUAAUGGGGGGGGGGGG